AUGCCUCAAUCCUACGAAGGCCGAAAAGUGUUGCUCCUCGGGAGCGGGUUUGUGACAAAACCUACUGUCGAGAUCCUUGGCAAUGCUGGAGUCCAUGUUACAGUUGCUUGCCGUACUCUUGAAUCCGCAAAGAAACUCUGUGAAGGCAUCAAGAACACCACUCCGAUUUCCUUAGAUGUCAACAACAGCAAUGCCCUCGACACUGAACUCUCCAAGAACGACCUUGUGGUUUCCUUAAUCCCUUACACGCACCACGCCACUGUUAUUAAGGCUGCUAUUCGGACCAAGAAAAAUGUUGUGACAACGUCUUAUGUGUCCCCGGCAAUGCUGGAGCUGGAAAAGGAGGCCAAGGAAGCCGGCAUUACGGUCAUGAAUGAGAUCGGUCUUGACCCGGGAAUUGACCACCUCUAUGCUGUUAAAACUAUCUCUGAGGUUCACGAAGAAGGUGGCAAAAUCACUUCUUUCCUCUCCUACUGCGGCGGACUUCCCGCUCCCGAAUGCUCUGACAACCCACUUGGAUACAAAUUUUCUUGGUCAAGCAGAGGUGUUCUUCUUGCCCUUCGUAAUGAUGCUAAAUACUACAAAGAUGGAAAGAUUGAAUCCGUGAGUGGAAAAGAGCUGAUGGGAACCGCCAAACCGUACUUCAUUUACCCAGGAUUCGCAUUUGUUGCUUAUCCCAACCGUGACUCUACUAUGUACAAAGAGCGCUAUGGUAUCCCCGAAGCUCAGACCAUCAUUCGGGGCACUCUUCGCUUCCAAGGUUUCCCUGAAAUGAUCCGAGUCCUUGUUGACAUCGGAUUCCUCAAUGAUGAUGCGAAGGAAUUUCUCAAGUCGCCCAUCCCAUGGAAAGAGGCUACUAUGAAGGUCCUCGGAGCCACGUCAUCGGAGGAGAAGGAUCUUUCCUGGGCUAUCUCUUCCAAGACCGAAUUUCCAUCCACCGAAGAAAAGCACCGCAUUAUUGCUGGUCUUCGUUGGAUUGGUCUUUUCUCUGACGAAAAGAUUAUUCCCCGUGGCAAUGCACUGGAUACCUUGUGCGCAACAUUGGAGCAGAAGAUGCAGUAUGGCUCUGAUGAGAGAGAUAUGGUGAUGCUUCAACACAGAUUUGAAAUUGAGCACAAGGAUGGUAGCAAGGAAACAAGAACAAGCACUUUAUGUGACUAUGGUGAUCCAAAGGGCUAUUCAUCCAUGGCUAGACUGGUAGGUGUACCCUGUGCCGUGGCUGUUAAGCAAGUACUUGAUGGAACAAUCAGCGAGAAGGGAAUUCUGGCCCCUAUGUCCAUGAAAAUCUGCGCUCCUUUGAUUAAGGCUCUUAAGGAAGAUUAUGGUAUUGAAAUGAUUGAGAGGACUGUUUGA